AUGGUUCAUCAUGCGUUCUCUGGUUUGGAUAUGGAUCCAAGGAUGAUGGAAACUCUUGUGGUUCUUAUUUCAAAGGUAGAAAACCCGGUUUCCAUGAAGGAUUUCCGACCAAUUAGUCUCUGUAAUGUGGUUUACAAAGUUAUAAUGAAGGUCCUGGUCAAUAGACUUCGUCCCCAUCUCAAAGAGAUUAUUGGGCCCCUUCAAGGAGGGUUUAUCCCGGGGAGAGGAACCCCAGACAACAUCAUUGUAGAACAAGAGGUUCUCCAUUUCAUGAAGAAGACAAAGUCAAAGAAAGGCACCUUGGUCUUUAAGAUUGAUCUGGAGAAAGUGUACGAUAGAGUGGAUUGGGGAUUCCUGAAACAAACCCUACAAGUUGAUAAGGGCUUGUGGAAGCCGGUUGCGGUUUCUAGAGGGGGUCCAAGAAUUUCUCAUUUGAUGUUUGCCAAUGAUUUGCUUCUUUUCUGUAAAGCUGAAAAACAGCAAGUUCAAACUGUAAUGGUAGCUUUGGAAAAUUUCUGCAGAGCCUCUGGGAUGAAGUUUAAUGUGGAGAAAUCUAAAGCGCUAUGCUCUAGGAAUGUUUCAGCAACAAGAAAAGAGAUUUUCACUGGAGUUUCCUCCAUCAGAUUUGUCCAGAACUUGGGCAAGUAUUUAGGGGUGAACCUUAAUCACUCUCGGGUGACACGCGCAACUUUCAAUGAUGUUCUGGACAAGAUUCGGGGAAGGCUAGCCAGCUGGAAAGGGAGAUUGCUUAAUAAGGCAGGUAGACUCUGUUUGCUCAACUCGGUAGUGACUGCGAUUCCUACUUAUCGUAUGCAAGUAUCUCUCUUCCCUAAAGGGGUAACUAAUAAGAUAGAAUCCAUGAUGCAAAACUUUCUAUGGAAGGGUCAAGCUGAUGGUAGAGGCCUAAAUCUAGUUAACUGGAAAGUGUUGGUCACCCCUAAGAAGUUUGGAGGUCUGGGAAUUAGAGAUCCUUUUUGUGCCAAUAUUGCUCUUCUUGAAAAACUAGUUUGGCAACUUUUUCACCAUCUCGAUAAGCUAUGGGUUCAACUGUUGACGGAGAAAUACCAUUCUUCUAAGGAUGAUUGUCUUAGUCGGUCUCGAGAAAGGGAAUCUUAUGUUUGGAAGAGUAUAUGUCGAGCUUGGGAUAUCCUGAAGGAAGGUUUUAUUUGGUGCAUUGAGGAUUUGGAAAAGAACUUUUGGUUUUCUAAAUGGAGAAGAGAGGGGCAACUGUGUCAGGAGAUGAAUUAUGUUCACAUUUCUGAUUCGGAUCUCAGGAUCUUGGACCUUUGGUCAUCUGGACAGUGGAACCUUGAGAAUAUCUAUUCUCCUCUGAAUCAGUCUCUGCAGAGCAACAUUAACUCUUACAACCCAGAUGUUCAAGCUGGUUCAGAGGUCGGUUGGUGUUGGACUGAUGCGGUUUCAAAGGUUUAUGAUGCUCAUAGUGGUUAUUUGUGGCUCAGUAAGAAGAUGUUUAGUUGGGAGGAUAGGGGUGAUUGGCUUUGGCUUUGGCGUCAACAUGUUCCGGAAAAGCACAAAUUUUUGGCCUGGCUAUGUCUUCAGGAGGCUCUUCCUACUGCUGCAUUUCGUUUUAGGAGGGGCAUUUCGCACACGGAUAGCUGUCCACGAUGUUUCUCAGCAAACAGUGCCCUUUUAGAUUCUUUUCUGGUCUCUGGUGGAUUUGGUGUUCAAGGAAUAACGAGAUCUUUCAUCUUCACGACCAUUGGACCACAGACAAGUGGUGCUCGAGUUGGUUUUGCUUGUGUUAGCAGAGAUUGGAAGGGAAGGGGGCAACGAGGCUGUCUGGGAACAAUUGAGAGUCGUAGCAUUUUGCAAGGAGAGUUGUUUGCUAUUUGGAGAGGCUUUCUUUUAGCAUGGGACUCGGGACAAAGAGACAUUAUAUGUGAGACAGAUUGUGUGGAGGCUUUUACUAUUGUCAAUAAUUUACAAGAUUGCUCUGUGUUUAUUGAUCAUUUGGUGUUAAAAAUUCGAGAUAUCAUAUCUUGGAAAUGGCGUGCUGAUCUUCAGUUGAUCUUGAGAGAUGCAAAUACAGUAGCAGACAUCAUGGCAAGGACCGCAAUGAGGACCCUUUCUCCCCAAGUGGAGCUUCCGUUGCCUUGGAAAGAAUUUGAGAGUAGUAUUCAGCGGGACUGCCUUUCUUAA